AUUCUACAUUCAAAGUUUAUAACACACUAUUGUAUUUCAAACCUGCGACCUGGAGGACAAUGCCUGCACCACACGCCUCUGGAGAUGCUCUAGUUGAGCCUGAAGGGAUUGAGUUAUCGACUGUGUCGAGCGCAAGGAGCGCCCAUCGGCCAGCUUCGAACUAUGCUGGUCAUCAGACAUCCAAGAAUUCAUGUUCAUCGUGGUUUCCUCGUUCACCAUUAUCUUCACCUGCUGUGGUCUGAACUUCGCUUGGGGUGUCUAUCAGGCGCUCUAUGAAAACCUAUCGAAACAACCCGGGACGCCGUUCACGGGGGCGACCCCAGCUGAGAUUGACCUGAUCGGCACCAUCUCGUGUUCGCUGAUGACCAUUGGGGCGCCGUUCAGUGUGGCGUGGGCCAAAGCCUUCUCUCCUCGUCUGGUCUCCUUCGUGGGUGGAUUUGUGUUUGCUCUGUCCCUCGUGCUGGCCAGUUUCGGCCAGUCUCUGUGGCAUUUUGAAUUGGCACAAGGCGUGCUCAACGGGGUUGGCACUUGUCUGUGCUACAUGGUGGCCGUGACGAUAGCUCCGACCUGGUUCACGCAGCAUCGGGGUCUAGCCAUGGGAAUCAUCCUGGCAGGUACCGGCGUGGGUGGUCUCGUGUGGGCGCCAGCCCUAACUGCCUGCGUCGAGCAUCUUGGCUUCCGAAACACCCUCCGCUUGACUGGAGCCGUCUCCUUCACCCUCAUCUCCCUCGCCAGCAGCGCCAUGGCCUGGGAGCCCGUUAGCCGCACCCAGAUUGAGAUCGAGAAUUCCGCCCGGAGUAGCCGCGUCCACGGCAUGCUGAAAGUACCCCUGGUGGACUGGCGGGUGGCGCGAUCGCGGCGAUUCAUCGCGCAGGCAUUCGGGGCCGUCUUUCAAGCGGCGGCCUACUACACCCCCGUGUUCUUCUAUGCCUCGUACGCACAGACCCUGGGAUACAGCACCACGGCCAGCGCGAACUUCAUUGCCCUCAGUAAUGCGUGCAAUGCAAUUGGCAAGGUGAUCAUAGGCUACCUAGCCGACCGCGUGGGACGACUCAAUGCGCUCUUCCUGACCACCCUCUUGAGUGCUAUCUCCACGGUCGCAUUCUGGCUGCCGUCGACCAUCUCGGGCGUGACCACCGAAUCCAAGGACCUGUUCAUCACGUUUACUGUUCUGUAUGGGAUCUUCGCGAGUGCGUACGUUUCGCUCUUCCCCGCCAGCCUGGUCGAGUUGUUCGGAGCUCAGAACUUUGCCUCGGUCAAUGGAGUUCUGUACAUGGUCCGUGGCAUGGCGACCAUGAUCGGCACCCCGGUCGGGGGAGUCUUGAUUCGUAGUUCGAGUAGUUCCAGCCCCGGGGCGUUCAAGAACAUGUCGCUGCUGGUCAGCGUCUUGUUGUUCGCUGCCACGAUGUCUGUCCUCUGGGUGAGGCUCGAGGCGCUGGUGGGACCCCAUGGCGCUACCGGUAGCAAAUGGCAUCGGUAGGGGAUGAUGGUAGCAGAGGUUUGGAGGCAUUGCUGAGGAGGGAGAGCACGGCCGCCUCUUGAUUGACUCGAUUGUUACGUCGGGUAUUUACCUCAGAGUUCAGGAUUGUAGUUCACCUAAUUUGCUAGAAUAUAUUCGACGGUUGGAGGUAUUAGUAUGCAAUAAGUAUACACUGUAUGCGA